UUUUCAUUGGCUAUCAUAUCAAACACUAAGAAAGUCUUUUGAGUUAUUCGUUGAAUUUAUUCGUAUGGAGUGAGUCUUCGUGUGAGACUCCAAUUUAAUUGCUUAAAAAUAUAAAAUCAAGAAACAAUGUAGUUCGUCACUCCAAUGAAUUAUAAUUACAAUAAACUAAACUAUAAAAUGAAAAAUAAACGACCGUUGUUACGAACUUAAAUUACACUCCACUCAGUUUAAACCUAUACAUAUACCAUAAUCGUCUGAUUCAACGAAAACGUUUUAGUCGCUACUAACAUAAAGCCGGUCUAUCACCAUUUCUUGACAUGAAGAAAACUAACUUUUACUUCAAAGGUUUGAUGAGUCCGGUUUUCACUCCAUUUACGGCAGAUAAGAAAAGCAUUGUUUACAAAAACAUUGACCCAUACGCUGCAUGGUUGAGACAGCAGGGAGUUGACGGAGUUUUAGUUAACGGCACGGUAAGCGAAGGGACGAAUCUAAGCACCGAAGAACGCAAGCUUAUUACCGAAAAAUGGUGGAAAGCAUGCCAAAAAUACGAUUUAACGCUUAUGGCUCAGAUCGGGGGUACAUCCGAUGUGAACGAGUUGGCUGAACAUGCGGAAAGAACAAAAAUUUCAGCAGUGCUCUGUCUACCAGAUUACUUCUUUCGCCCCAGCGUUGAAGAAGAAUUAGUCGAAUAUCUUGGAAACAUCGCCAAAUCCUGUCCCACUCGUCCAUUGUAUUACUAUCACAUUCCUCAAUUUACGAAUGUGAGAUUAAAUUUGGCUCGUUUCUGUGACUUAGCUGAAGCGCAAAUACCAACUUUUUGCGGAAUUGAAUAUGCAAAUGGAGAUUUAGCUGAAGGUGUAACCGUACUGAAGCAAGGUCGAAAUGUAUUGUUAGGAAGUGACACCGUUCUAGCUGCUGCUUUAGUUCUUGGAUUCGAUUCAGCUAUUUUGAGUUCAUUGAAUAUUUGUCCUGAGCUAGCAGUGAAUGUUUACGAUUCGAUAGCCGAAAACAAAUUGGUGGAGGCGCGGGAAUCGCAAAAUAAACUCACUCAACGGAUUUUUGAGAUUACCAAGAGGGGUCAACUAGACUUUUUCGAAUCAAUGAAAAAUGAGUUUAAUAAGAUUAACAGUGCAUUCGAAUGUGGACCGUGGCGUAAAACUAAAUCCUUUUGAAAUGUUUAAUAAAGGGAAAAUGGAUUUGGUAUGGAA